UGCACAACCCCGUCACGACGUCGUACCUACCUUGUAUCUAUUCACACGCUUCGCUCGAGUACCAGAGAUAUCCAGCUCUGUCAAGAUGUUGUCUUGUGGUGAUGCUAGUUAGCCUUUGGCCAACUGCGCUGCUUAGAUUAUCUAUGCUGCAAAACCAACGACGCCACUCCGAUCGCGUCAAAAGUCAAUGACGCGCUAGACCGACGCGUAGGCGACGAUGUCCUUCAUGCUACACGAUCUCACGCUUCUUUCUGCGAUUUAGUACCAUAAUGUGUAAAACGUGGCAUUCUUUCCUCUCGUCAAGUCAACUUCUCUUUCCACAUCUUCCAGAUACUCCAAAUUUCUCAACUCCAGAUACACGAACAUGACGGAAACGCAUCAAACCCACAAAGAUGUCUCAUCCAUCCGAGUCACCCACCGCGAUGACCGCUCUCUACCCAUGUCCCUAGUCCUCUUCCUCGUCCGUUGUUUCCGCAGCCAGCUCAACAGCGGCACCCCCAAGCACAGCGACGGCUCGAUAGAAUUCAGCCCCUCGAAAUCACACUUGAGCUCCUGCACGCUUUCCAAAAGAACAGUCUGCGACGUGCACAUAUACGACGUCGUCCCACCCAACAAGCCCACAAAAGGUCCGGAGAAGCGCAUAUACUACUUCGCCGGCGGAUCGUGGCAAGAACCACCUUCAAGCCAGCACUGGAAGAUCUGCGCCAAAAUGGCCAAAGACAUGCCCGAGGCCACCGUCUCCAUGGUAUCAACACCCCUCGCGCCGAACAACCCCGCGCCCAGCUCGUUCCCGUGGUGCAUGAAGCUGUACCGUGCGCUGAUGGCGGCAGCAGACGAAGCAGGCGAGAGAGUCAUACUCGCUGGAGAUUCAUCAGGGGCCAACAUCGCGCUAAGCCUCGUGCUGGAAGCUCUGCGGGAGGACGCUGAAAACAUGGCCAGCACCGGCCUCGACAUGCAGCAAAUACCCCACGCCAUGGCCGUCAUGGCCAUCAGUCCGUCGACGGACCUCACGCGCAAAAACCCCGAUAUACAGAAAAUCGCACCCCACGAUCCGCUUUUGACGCCUGAUGUGAUCAAGCAGACGGCGAAGGCGUGGCAUGCGGAUUGGGAUCCGGCGGAUCGCAGGGUGUCGCCGGUUAAUGCUGAUGUUUCGUUACUGGCCAGGCGCGGCGUCAAGGUCCAUGGGGUGACGGCUGGUUACGAUGUGCUGAGCCCCGAUGGAAUUAUAUUCCGUGAUAGUUGCGCGAGGGAAGGUGUAAAGGGUGAGUGGCUGCAGUGGGAGAAGCAGAUGCAUUGUUUUGUCCUGAUGAUGCCGUAUGGCAUCCGGGAGGCAAAGGAAGCGGUGGAAUGGGUGGUUGAUGUACUGAGGAAGGAGUAGGUGGUGGUGGUGGCUGUUCGAUGUCAUAGAUACCCCUCGCAUAUGUUUGAUGUUAGACCGGUCUAUUGCUGUAUGGUAAUUCUUAAUAUUAUACAUCUAUUCUGA